UAUAAGAUUACCGAUCAUCUUUUCAUUCGUUAACUUGACCAGCUAAGGCAAGCGAACGUUUGCAAACGAAAUUCUUUCGACCAAUACAAAGAAAAGUUUUUUUUUGCAUGAUGUUGUUCAUGCAUUUUGCAACCAUUUCGAAAGCAAUAAAAUAGUUGUGAUUACCCUUCCAAAAAGAGAUCGCACAAUUUUUUUUGACUCAUCAAAACGAAACUCGCAGUUAAUUGAAAACGGUAAAGAACUGUUAUGGAUCAAACGAUUUGCAAAUCAUCGAUUCAAUUGAGAAAAAAAUUGUUUCAAGUGUUUGUAAUUAUCACAGAACAUUUAUUCUGUUCUAAACGAAACGUGCAUUUUUCGAUACAGGGAAAUUCAAACAAAAACCAAAUCGAAUCAGUGGAUCAGUUUCCAACAUUGAUAUUUAUCUAGUUUGGGUGCGAUUGUUUAAUUUCCAAAUAACAGGAAAAUUCAUGUAAAAUGCUCGAAAUUAUCGGUGAAAGACAGUGAAAUUGUUUUGAACAUCAAAUUCUUUCCAGUGGUGUUGAAGCGAUUAAUUUGAAAAAUAAUGAUAUCAAAUUGAAUUGAAAAGUAGAUUUUUCCAUUUGAAAUAAAUUCAAAGAAGAACCGAACGAAACUAUAGAAAACUAAGAGAAAUAGAGCGAAAAUUGUGACCGUGAACGCUGGAGUAAGGGAAUAACAAAAUCGCGCGCAUCGAUUUCGAAAAGCAAUCAAUUGGACAACGCAAACGAGAUGGCAACCAAAAAUGUGACACCUCAAACGAAUCCACCGUAUUAUCCAUAUAACCAGAGCGAAGCAACACCGCCACUUGGACCACGCAAAACGAUAUUUGUGCUGGCCACGGUUAUCGGAUGCAUUGCAAUUUUAUGGCCGAAAAUUUUCUACCCGAUGAUGUUCGGAGCCUCCGAAGUGCCCAUUAAAAACAACUACUUGAACAAAGAUCUGGGCAGCAAACCCGGUGGAUGUUGUGGAAUGGUGCUAGAUCACGAAAAAUACGCAAAUGUCACACAGCCAGCUGGUCAAUCCGGAUAUCGAAAACAGUUGAAUCUGAUGACGGGCGAAAUAAGCUUACGUCAAGAGCGUCCGCCUCAUUUACGAGGAGAUCAUAUUCAUCCAGCAAUGAUCGAACGAGGCCGUGCCAUACCAAAUACACAGUCAGUGCCUAUUGUCAGUGAUAGGCCACAGCGUGCAAGUGAUCAAAUCACAAUCAUUGAUGGACGACCUGGGCCGAUACCAGGCAUGCGUCCACCGGGAAUGGGAGCCGGAGCGAUGCAUCAAGCAAAUCAAAAAGGAAGUAGCAUGGGCCUCUUGAUGCCGAUGUACACCUUUGGAAUUGUUGCGUUUUUCGUAUACACCAUAAUGAAGUUAGUGAUGAGAAAAACAGAUGAUCUGACACCAUAUCCACCACCGAAGAAUGAAGGAAAUUUCAAGCAAGAAGUCUUUCGACGUGACAAUAGUAAAAUACCGAAUUUAGAAUGGAAGCAUCACGAUACAAGCUCGCAUGCAAAUGGUAUUCUUAACAGUCUAUUGAGUCAUUUAAAUGGGAGUAAUCAUCAAACGGCCGCAACGACAACGUCACUGACGGCAACACCAAACUAUGGUCGACCAUCGUUUUAUGAUGAUGCCACAACGACGGCAAAGCUUGAAUUUCAAUUACGCGAAACGGAGCAAUUGCUGGAAAUCAGUCUACUAAAAAAGAAAUUGCGCGAAACGGAACGUGCCAUGGAGCAAAUUAUCGCCGAUAUUCAUGGAAAAGCGGCCAAAUGCAAUAGCGAUGAAAAUAAUGCUUCCAACACAAAUGACGCAACAAUGGAUGUGACAACGACACAGGAUGCAACGGAUAACACCAAAGACGAACAUGAUUCAGAAAAAUCAAAUGGCCACGUUAAAUUGACCGAUUCGAAGAAAAAUGCCAAUGGCAAUGAUGAGGCUAAUGAGUAUGUGAAGAUCGAAAAUGCUACACGGUGCCGAGAUUCAAGUGCUGAAAGAAAACUUCAGAGUUCAACUGAAUCGGAGCCAGAAUCCGAACCUCAAUCGAUCUUCUUGGAGGGUGCUUUACCACACGAAUCACAGAUCCUUGUUUCCGACUCGCAGACAACUCCCGAGGGCGUUUACAAUGAAGAGGUCAACGGAAAUUCUGAUGAACCAGCAGUUAUCUUGAGCAGCAAAAUGACUUUGUCACUUAUAAACCUAGACCCAGUGAGCAAUGAGAAUGGAGGAAACGCAUCGAACGGUACCAGCGACCAUGAGAGCGAAGAGGUUGAAUAUGAGGACGAAGAAGACGAAGAAGUGGUUGAAGAAGAAGAGGAGGAGGAAGUGGAUGAAGAAGAAGCCGACGGCAGUGAUGACAAUGGGGAAAUAGAAAACAUUCAUGGCGUAGCCAAAUAGAUUUGCUAGACAAAUCGAACACUUCCACAAAAAGAUAAAGAAGAAGAGAAAAAAAACCUUAUCUUACUCAUUCAUUUUUCGUCAAAUCGAAAUUGAUCUUGAGCACUGUAAAUUGUAGCAAUUUUGACUGAAUUAUUCAUCACAACGUAUGAAUUUAUCUAAAACAAAACAAAAAAAAUAUUAGAGUAAUCGAUCCAUUUUACUCCAACGAACAAGAACAUAGAGCAAAAUAUUAAUAUCAUACAAGUAUAUGCCUCCAUCGGCAACAGCAAAUAUUAUUGUUGCCCCAUUUUAGAGUCUCCCAGUCAAAGUGAAUAGUCCAUUGUCUUCUAAUCUUAUCUAAAUGUGUUACGUUUAGAAAGAGAUACACACACGCAUACACACCUUGCCACUUUUUUUUGUUUUCUUGUGGAAUCAAACUAAUUUAUUUGCUUUGGUGAAUGUGUCUUUGUUUAAUUUUUAUGAAUUUAGCUUUGUUUUAAUUCUGUGAAAAUAACGUGAAAAAUUGUUUUGAAGCUGCAUGAUGAGUUUACGAAAAGUCUGGACGAUUAAAUAAUUAGAGAAAUAAUUUAUUAAUUUAUGAACAUGUGUGAAUGCUGCACAUAUUUUUUGUCUGUGUAGCAAACAUUGAUUGAUUUCAAUAUAAAUAUUAUCAUUUUAUUUAUUUUAUUUUUCGCCCAUUUCAAUUGUAAAUGAUCUAAGUUCUUAGCACUAUUUAAUUUUAUUUAAGUUCCUAUUAUGGCUAAAAGAAAAUCGCUAGUCACUAGAUUUUUAGAGAGGACAAAGGAACAUUUCAUAUUAUGCCAUGACCACAUAUUAUCCACAUUAUAUACAUAUACGUAUGUGUAAUGGGCGAAUAAUAUUAUAUGAAUUACGACAGUAAAAAGUUAAUUCUUUUUUCUAAACAAAAAUCGAGACGAAAAUUGUAAAAAAAAACAAUAAUAUAUAGUAUUCAUUUUAACAUUAAAACAGGUUUCGAACGUAGUUUUGAACUGAAUAUUUAAUAAACGUUUAGAAAUUGA